CAGGGUCCGGAGGCGUCCAUUGAACAGAACGUUUCUGUAAGAGUGUCACAGGCCAAGAGGAUCAAAGGAACUGUGUCUUCUCAGAAGAGCCACCCUUGUGAGAGUUGUGGUGCUGUCUUGAGGGACAUUUUCCAGUUUGUUGAGCAACAGGGAACACAGCACAGUUUGAAAUUCUUGAAGUGUGGGGCAUGUGCAAAACCAUUUUAUUUCAGUGCAGAGUUGCACCAGCACCAUGGGCAGGACAUGAGAGCAGAGUGUUUGAUAAGAGGUAUGAACAAGGACUCCGUUGUGAAGAGCAGCACAUUCAGUGUGUCCCAGAAGCUUUUUACCGGUCGGAAGGUUGGACACAGCAUCCUUACUGCCUCAAGACAACUUCAGAAACAGGUUCCUCUUACCAGGGACAAACCAAGUGAACUCUCCUUGUCUGGGGUAACAUUUCAAAACGGGGAAAAAUUCCUUUGCCAGAAAGAAUCUAAAAAAGCCAUUGGCUGCAAGGACACACUUGUUCCAGACCGAGCUGUCCAUACUGGAAGGCAGUGUGUUGUGAGCCCUGAAAGUAAAAACUGUUUUAAAGGAAUCUCUGACCUUCGUGAUCAUCAGAAAGCCCACUCGUUGGAAAAGCCAUAUGAAUGCAGUGAGUGCGGGAAAUGUUUUAGAUAUCGGUCGAUCCUUAUCCAACACAGUCGAGUUCAUACUGGAGAUAAGCCUUACGAGUGUGGUGAAUGUGGGAAAUUCUUCAGCCAAAGCUCCAGCCUCAUUCAACACCAGAGAAUUCACACGGAACAAAAGCCAUAUGAGUGUAGUGAAUGUGGAAAAUAUUUUAGCAGAAUAUCCAACCUUCGUCGUCAUCAGAGAGUUCACACGGGAGAAAGGCCAUAUGAGUGCAGUGAAUGUGGGAGAACUUUUUGCAGUGCCCCUGGACUGAAUUAUCAUCAGAGGGUUCACCAUGGGGAAAGACCUUAUGAGUGCACAGAUUGUGGGAAAUCAUUUGCCGGUAGAUCUGGACUCCUGUAUCAUCAGAGUGUUCACACUGGGGAACGGCCAUAUGAGUGCAGGGAAUGUGGUAAAUCUUUUACCAGAAUAUCCCACCUUCGUCGGCAUCAGAGAGCUCACACUGGAGAAAGGCCAUAUGAGUGCAAUGACUGUGGAAGAACGUUUUGCAGUGCCUCUGGACUGAAUUACCAUCAGAGCGUUCACAGUGGGGAAAGACAUGAGUGCGCAGAUUGUGGGAAAUCAUUUGCCGGUAGAUCUGGACUCCUGUAUCAUCAGAGUGUUCACACUGGGGAACGGCCAUAUGAGUGCAGGGAAUGUGGGAAAUCUUUUACCAGAAUAUCCCACCUUCGUCGUCAUGAGAGAGCUCACACUGGAGAAAGGCCAUAUGAGUGCAGUGACUGUGGAAGAACGUUUUGCAGUGCCUCUGGACUGAAUUAUCAUCAGAGCGUUCACAGUGGGGAAAGACACGAGUGCGCAGAUUGUGGGAAAUCGUUUGCCGGUAGAUCUGGACUCCAGUAUCAUCAGAGAGUUCACACUGGGGAUCGGCCAUAUGAGUGCAGGGAAUGUGGGAAAUCUUUUCUGUAUGGCACUGGACUCCGUCGCCACCACACAGUUCACACUGGAGAAAGGCCUUAUGAGUGCAUUAAUUGUGGCAAAUCUUUUAUAAGGAAAACUCAUCUUCUUCAACAUGAAAGUUCACACAAGAGAAAGGCUCUUUGAGUGCUGUGAAUGUGGGUAAUCUUUUAGCCAAAAUCCUAACUUCUGGACACAUGAGAGUACACAUUAGAGUAAGUUCUUAGAUGUGUAGGAAAUGUACUUUCUUUGUUCCGUGUUAACACAUUGUAUGCGGGAAACGUAUUUAUACGUUUUACGUUGACUGGUAGUAGAGCGUGGGACAGGUAUUGAUACGUUUUUUAUAGGCUAGCGGUAGAAUGCUGGUAACCUAUAAAUACGUUUAUUUUUAUACUUUUUUAUUGCUCUAAAGGGAUGCUAACAUGCAGAUAUACGAAUUCCAAAGGACAAAAUUUGGGUCUCUAACGCAUACAAUGGUGAAUUAUGUAUGUACUUCCAGGUAUAAUGGUAAUCUAUUCAACUGCGUAGAGUCAUCCCUUCACACAGUUCUCUGCCUCGCCACGCAUU